CCUUUCUUUCCCCGGCGUCGCCUCCCUCCCUUCUUCUUCCAUUCCGCCCCCCUCUCUUCUUCAAUCCUCCCCGCGCCGGAGUUGGAGGGAGAGGGGAGACGCUUUCCGCCGCCAACCCAGCGGCCCAGGUCGCCGAUCCGCGCGCCGAGCCGAUCCGGUUGAUCAAACACAUCACUGUCUUUAGGGAAGCCCUUUGAACAGUAGUUUGUGCCGCAAAUCAGAUAAUUCUGUCACAGCAUGGCCUCGGCAGGGGUGACACGCUCUUCUUUGGGAUUUCAGAAUGACACAAGUUCUAGCAGUGAUGCAGAUCGACUUCCGAACGAGUUGGGCAAUAUGAACAUUAGGGAUGAUAAGGACAUUGAAGAUAUUGUAGUCAAUGGCAAUGGGACAGAGCCUGGUCAUAUCAUAGUGACUAGCAUUGAUGGGAGAAAUGGGCAGGCAAAGCAGACCAUUAGCUACAUGGCGGAACGUGUGGUAGGUCAUGGGUCCUUCGGGACUGUUUUCCAGGCCAAGUGUCUGGAAACUGGUGAGACUGUAGCUAUAAAGAAGGUUCUUCAAGACAAGAGAUAUAAGAACCGUGAGCUGCAAACUAUGCGAGUGCUUGACCACCCAAAUGUGGUUGCUCUGAAGCAUUGUUUCUUUUCAAAGACUGAGAAGGAGGAGCUUUACCUCAAUUUGGUGCUAGAGUAUGUGCCAGAGACUGCACAUCGUGUCAUUAAACAUUAUAACAAGAUGAACCAGCGCAUGCCUUUGAUAUAUGCGAAACUUUAUAUGUAUCAGAUUUGUAGAGCUUUGGCAUACAUUCAUAACUGCAUCGGAGUGUGCCACAGGGACAUUAAGCCGCAAAAUCUCCUGGUGAAUCCUCAUACUCAUCAGCUGAAAUUGUGCGACUUUGGCAGCGCGAAAGUUCUGGUAAAAGGAGAACCAAAUAUUUCUUACAUCUGUUCUAGGUACUACAGAGCUCCAGAGCUCAUAUUUGGUGCUACUGAAUACACAGCAGCAAUUGAUGUUUGGUCUGCUGGCUGUGUCCUUGCUGAGCUGCUUCUAGGGCAGCCUCUAUUCCCUGGAGACAGUGGCGUUGAUCAACUUGUUGAAAUCAUCAGGGUUCUGGGCACACCAACACGUGAAGAAAUCAAGUGCAUGAAUCCAAAUUAUACUGAGUUUAGAUUCCCGCAAAUCAAAGCUCACCCAUGGCAUAAGAUUUUCCAUAAAAGGAUGCCUGCUGAAGCAGUUGAUCUUGUGUCCAGGCUUCUGCAGUACUCACCUAAGCUUCGGUCUACUGCAUUGGAAGCAUUGAUCCAUCCAUUCUUUGAUGAACUUCGGGAUCCAAACACACGCUUACCAAAUGGCCGUUUCCUUCCACCUCUCUUCAACUUCAAGCCCCAUGAGCUGAAAGGUGUGCCAAUGGACUUUCUGGUGAAGCUGAUCCCAGAGCAUGCACGGAAGCAAUGCGCCUUUGUAGGAUGGUGAUCUGUAACUGAGAGGAUGGCUUGAAGAUUAGUUAAGGACCAAAUUGAUGUCUGUUAGAAACCAGUGGAGACCGACAUUGCCUGUUGUGCUAUAAGAUGGGCAAUGUGUGAUUUUUUUGUCCGAGAUUAUCACCCCCCUCACCCCCACAAAGGAAAACAAGAUGUUGUCAAUGUAACCAGAUUGUCUGCCGUUCUGUAAAGUAUUAGAAGAGUGUUGGAGCAUGCCCCCAGAGUCUCAUGUAUCAGUCUCUGCUGAAUUCAGUUUGCCUGAUUUGUACUAGCACCAUGCAAGGAUGCACCCUUUGUAUGACGAUGUUCGGUCCACCAUUGUCUUGGAUCGAGGCUAUUCAUUCAUUUGUACUCAUUGUGC